CAGAGAAGAAGAAUAUGACGAAAGUGCAGGAAGUGGUUAGCUAGCUAAGAAGAGUCAGUCAAGAAAACCGAUGUACUUUCAAAGCUAAGAUGUCCUGCUUCGAGAGCGAGAAGAGCAGCCUGGAGAAUGAUGAAGCGUGUUGUGGUGGGGCGGCCGCGUCACAGCUGUCCAACUGUGCGCUGGCCAUGCUGGAGAAAGAGGGCAGCGACUCGGCGCUGAGCCCCACGGAGAGUACACCCACCAGCCUACAGGGCGGCGCCCCACUGCAAGGCUACGACGUGGAGUUCGACCCUCCGCUGGAGAGCAAGUACGAGUGCCCCAUCUGCCUCAUGGCCCUGAGGGCGGCCGUGCAGACGCCGUGCGGUCAUCGCUUCUGCCGCAGCUGCAUCGAGAAGUCCAUCCGUGAUACAGGGCAGAGGUGUCCAGUGGAUAACGAGGUACUACGGGAAGACCAGCUGUUCCCAGAUAACUUUGCCAAGCGGGAGAUACUCUCCCUAACGGUCCGCUGCACCAACGUAGGCUGCACUGACAAAAUGGAGCUUCGCCGCCUGGAUGGCCAUGUUACGAAGUGUGAGUUUGCCACCGUGCCGUGCCCGCUGUGCCAGGACGCGGUGUGGAAGAGCAAGCUGGAGGAGCACCAAAGCCAACACUGCCAGCGGAGACCUGUGUCCUGUCCCGACUGUGUGGAGAGCUUUGUUUACGAGGACAGCAAGCUUCAUGAGUCGCUGUGUCCCUUUGCCAACGUGGUUUGUCAGUACUGCGGUAUGGAGCUCAUCAGAGACCAGUUGGAGUCUCACUAUGACACAGAGUGUCCAAAGGCUCCGAUCGCCUGUACCUUCAGCACUUUUGGAUGUCGAGAGAUGAUGCAACGCAACGACUUGGCCCAGCACAUGCAGGAGUUCACUCAGAUGCACAUGCGCUGCAUGGCUGAGUACCUGCACAGCCACAGCCUUACCGGGUACACCCAGCCACCUUCUUCUGAGGACAGAGGGGCUGCCGCUGCGGAGCUGGGGGCACGCGUUGGCGCUAGCGGCGGUGGCGCCCCCUGCCAGUGCUGCGGGGAACUGCAGACCAUGCGGGAGACCACCCAGCAGCUGGAGGGCCGACUGGUGCGGCAGGACCACCAGCUACGUGAGCUGAGCGUUCAGGCAGGCCUGGUGGCGGAGCUGCGUCGUAAGGUCACCUCGCUGGAGGAGAACCUAAAGGAGCUGGAGGCCAAGCAGUGCCAAGGCGUGUACGUGUGGCCCCUGGAGGGCUUCUCGGCCUACCUGCGCACCCAGGCUGCCGGACAGCCCGUUGUGGUGCACAGCCCAGGCUUCUACACGGGCCGGCCGGGCUACAAGCUGUGCCUGCGCCUCCACCUCCAAACGCCCUCGGCCCAACGCUGCUCCAACUACAUCUCGCUUUUUGUUCACACCAUGCAGGGUGAAUUUGAUGGGCAGCUGCCGUGGCCCUUCCAAGGCACCAUCCGGCUGGCCGUACUGGACCAGGGGCCUGAGGCCCAGCACCAUGUGGAGGUGAUGGAGACCAAGCCCGACCUGCAGGCCUUCCAGAGGCCCACCAUCCAGAGGAACCCCAAGGGCUUUGGCUACGUCACUUUUCUGCACUUGGUCCAGCUGCAGCAGCGGGGGUUUGUGCACGAUGACACGCUGCUGGUGCGCUGCGAGGUGACGCCGCGCUUCGACAGCGCCCUAAGGCGCGAGGGGGCGGCCAUGCAGCCCAGAGGGCCCGAGGCCUCGCUGUGAGGACCCUUUUAACGUUCAAGCGACGAGGUCAAUCGCCACCAACAUUAUCAGUACAAAGUAUCAGUUUGCCAUUUUCCUGAGUUCUUGUAUCGCACAGACUCAUUGCAUUGGGUUCAGUCAUGACCAACAUCAUGGGAAAGUGUACUGCUCUGUUGUGGGUUUCAUUUCCAACUCCAAAAGGCUUUUCUUUGCUGUAGUUUUUGAGAGUGAUGGACUGGAUGUUGGUGCAACAAGUCGAGAGCUUGGGACUAUAAGGUUCUAUCUGCAUUUCUGUCAAAAUGUAGUUAUUGACAUAGCCUUGUUCUGUUUAA